UGGCAAUGGCAUGUGAUUGAGGUGGAAAAGCUGUCUGGAUUUUGAGGUGUGAAAAGGGCUGUCUGCCCUCACCACAGGACCGAGAGGAAGGGAGGGAGUCCCAAACAACGACUCACACUUAAAGUGGACGACAGAACAAUAAACUGAUACUUGCUGUUAUUUUGAUCAUUUUUGCCGCAAGGACAAUGCAGUAAACUCCUGCCGUCGCUGGAUUCAUUCAAUUAUUAUUGCUGUUUCCACGACCUGACUCGUGGACACACACACAGCAGUCCAUCCGAAUAUAACUUAAAGAACUACAGCUUGUUGCUUCUGUUUUAACUUUUGGCUGCUGGUUCUGUCUUAAGAAAAGGGUGAUCUGAAACUUUGCACUUUCGUAUUUUUUAGGGUUUGAUACGUGUUUAAAUACACUAUCAAAGCUUCUUUUUUUUUUUAUCCGUAUUUUCUUAUUUUUUGCCGACCACGUAGCUACAGUGCUCAGUAAUGUAAACAUAGACUAGACUCGCGCGUACAUAAUUUAUAUUCCAACUGUGAAACAAAGAAAAAUAUGGGAAACUCCAAACGUUCAGUUUGAACAGUGUCGUACUACUACUGUCGCUAGUUUAUUCGGGUUUAUUUAAACUAUUUUUAGCUGUAUAGUUGAAUACUAAACCAACACACACAAACGAACGGAAACAUUGUGACUGAGAUUCUCCUGCCACGCGCGUUAAAAUCCACCGGACUGGAGUCCUUUACCUGGACGUUACCGUGGAGGUGUAUCGAGCAUGGAGACGGAUUCAGUAACCGGUGGCGACGUGGGCUCGGUUCAGGGAGGCAUGAUUUCUUUAGACCCAGUGGUCGAUGGGAUUUUGAUGGACUCGUUUUGCCAGCAGCAGGGAUGGGUGCGGGUCUACGAUGUGAAGGGGCCACCCAGCCACCGCUUCUCCUGCGGCCAGUCGCCGUUCACGGAGCCCUGCGUUUGGGAGAGGAAGUACUGCAUCCUGACCGAUAGCCAGCUCAUCCUGCUCAACAAGGAGGAAGAGAUGCCAUCUGAAGUCCAUGAAAGCCCCACAGCAUCCUCAUCAAAGGGUCGCAGCCUGAGAAGGACAGUCAGUGUGCCCUCUGAAGGACCGUUCCCAGAGUAUCCACCAGAGGGAACCUCAAUGUUAGCGGAAGCGUCUGCGGAGCGCUCUCCCAGGCGGAGGAGCAUAUCGGGGCUGGGCAGCUCGGAGAAGAACAUUCCCAUGGAUGGCCCCAACUCCUCACCCUUCAAAGUGCCUGGUUUUUUAAGUAAGCGACUGAAAGGAUCCAUCAAAAGGACGAAGAGUCAAACAAAGCUGGACCGCAACACAAGUUUUAGACUCCCGUCGCUACGACCAACAGAAAAUGACAGGUCACGGGGCCUGACCAAAUUGAAGGAGUCCUGUUCCCAUGAGUCUCUGCUGAGUCCAGGCAGUGCUGUUGAAGCUCUGGAUCUGAGUAUGGAGGAGGACGUCUACAUCAAACCUUUACACAGCAGCAUUCUAGGACAAGACUUCUGCUUUGAGGUGGCAUACUCAGGUGGAAGUAAGUGCUUCAGCUGCUCCUCUGCUGCUGAACGGGACAAAUGGAUGGAGAACCUCAAGAGAACUGUGCAGCCUAAUAAGGACAACUGCCGACGGGCGGAAAACGUCCUCCGUCUGUGGAUCAUCGAGGCCAAAGAUCUGCCACCGAAAAAGAAGUAUUUCUGUGAGCUGUGUCUGGAUGACGUGCUGUAUGCCUGCACCACCAGCAAAACCCGCUCUGACUGCCUGUUUUGGGGGGAACACUUUGAGUUCUCCGGUGUGCCGUCCAUUAAGAGCAUCACUGUACACAUCUACCGUGAUGUUGACAAGAAAAAGAAGAAGGAUAAAAACAACUAUGUGGGCCUGGUGAACAUACCAGUGCAAGGAGUGAUGGGAAGGCAGUUUGUGGAGAAAUGGUAUCCGGUCAGCACCCCCACCACCAGCAAAUCCAAAGGUGGAGGCCCCUCCAUCCGCAUCAAAUCUCGCUUCCAAACUGUCUCUAUCCUGCCCAUGGAGCAGUACAAGGAGUUUGCGGAGUUUGUGACCAAUAACUAUACCAUGUUGUGCUCUGUGUUGGAGCCCGUCAUCAGUGUGAAGAACAAAGAGGAGAUGGCCAGCGCGCUUGUGCACAUACUGCAGAGCACGGGACGAGCGAAGGACUUCCUAACAGAUCUGGUGAUGUCUGAGGUGGAUCGCUGCGCUGACCAUGACGUGCUGAUUUUUAGGGAGAACACGCUAGCCACCAAAGCCAUUGAAGAAUACCUCAAAUUGGUGGGACAGAAGUACCUACAUGAUGCACUAGGAGAAUUUAUUAAAGCCCUUUAUGAGUCAGAUGAAAAUUGUGAAGUAGACCCAUCGAAGUGCUCCAGCAAUGAGCUUCCAGAGCACCAAAGUAACCUAAAGAUGUGCUGUGAGCUGGCCUUCUGCAAGAUCAUCAACUCUUACUGUGUGUUUCCACGGGAACUGAAGGAAGUGUUUGCAUCAUGGAAGCAGCAGUGUCAUGCUCGAGGGAAGCAGGACAUCAGUCAGCGUUUGAUUAGCGCAUCGCUCUUCCUGCGUUUCUUGUGCCCUGCCAUCAUGUCCCCUUCGCUCUUCAAUCUCAUGCAGGAAUACCCAGACGACCGAACCUCUCGAACACUCACCCUCAUUGCCAAAGUCAUCCAAAAUCUUGCUAACUUUGCCAAAUUCGGAAACAAAGAGGAGUACAUGGCCUUCAUGAAUGACUUCCUAGAGCACGAGUGGGCUGGUAUGACUCGAUUUCUGCUUGAGAUCUCAAAUCUUGAGACCAUCUCCAACACCCCGGGCUUUGAGGGCUACAUCGACCUGGGCCGUGAGCUGUCGGUGCUACACUCUCUACUGUGGGAGGUGGUGUCUCAGCUGGACAAGGCGACGGUGGCUAAACUGGGGCCCCUGCCACGUAUUCUUGGCGAUAUCACCCGCUCGUUGUCCAGCCCCACCCCCAUCCAGCAGCAGCUUAGGCGCUUCCAGGACCAUAGCUCCGCUCAUGACAUCAGUGGAAGUGUGUCCUCAGGACUGCAGAGAAUAUUCGAAGAUCCAGCAGACAGUGAAAUGAGGAGCAUCAAAUCUCCUGUCCAGGAGCACAUGGAGGCCUUAGUCCGAGGGAAGCAUCCUUUAUUGGGUCAGCAGUCCUCCACUCACAGCAUGAGCUUCUCUGACAAAGAGGAGCGAGACAGUCCACUCCCGAAUGGACGCAGUAUAUCUCUAAUGGACCUGCAGGACUCUUACUUGGCACAGGGGCAUCCGGGUCCUAACUCUCUCAAUGAAGCCCCACCUAGAUUAGGCCGAGUGGGCUCUCAGGCCUCCAUCGGCCCUGUCCCCCCUCCACACCUCCACCAGCCUCCCGUCCAUCCGAAAGUUCCCCAGCUAAGGGACAACUUGCCUCAGAGUGCCCCGCAGGUGCGGCGCCCUAUACACCCCUCCCUCAGCCAGCAGCGCAGCCUGCAACCGCUGUCUUUCCAAAACCCUGUUUACCACCUCAGUAACCUGCACGCACAAUCCACGCACUCAACCCAGUCCACGCACUCCGCCCAGUCCCUGCAGCCAGACUCCAGCUCAGAGAACCUGAGCACAGGCAGCUCUCGGAGCGCCAGUCCAAGUACGUCAGGUGGCCGGGGAGCUACUCCCAGAGCACGGAUGCCUUCCACCAGCAGUGUGGAGGAAGAACUCACCCGCAAAAGCAUCCUGGGCCAGGAGACGCCUCCUCCCUCGGCACGCUGGCACCCUCCCCUUGCAGACCAGCACUCGGGAGCCCAGGUUGUGGUGGUACCGAGGCAGAGCAGCACAGGUACGGCACAUAUCGUGAAGGUGGAGCAACAGAGUCGAGGAGUGGGGCUGGCGGCAGGAAACGCAGGGCUGCGAACCCCGAGGUCGCUCCCUCACAGCACUUCCCUGCGUAGCAGCAGCAGCGUCAACACUGAACCCAUGCAGCAGAGCGGCGAGAGAUCCAGACAGCAGUCCACGUGUUCCAAAGACAGUUCGGUUCCAGGAGGACGAGGCACCAAACAGGUACAGUCACCUGUAGAGUCAGUCACCAUGUCCCCAGUGGAGCGAACGGCAGCAUGGGUCCUGAAUAACGGCCAGUAUGAAGAUGAGGAAGAGGAAGGACUAAGCAAAGAUGAUGCCAAACAUGUAGAGAAGUACGAACAGGAAAUCUCGAAGCUGAAGGAGCGUCUGCGGGCGUCUAGUCGGCGACUGGAGGAAUAUGAGAGGCGGCUGCUGGCACAGGAACAGCAGAUGCAGAAACUGCUCUUGGAAUACAAGGCUCGGUUGGAGGACAGUGAAGACCGUCUGCGCAGACAACAGGAGGAGAAAGACAGCCAGAUGAAGAGUAUUAUCUGCAGGCUGAUGGCCGUGGAGGAAGAACUGAAGAGAGACCAUGCAGAGAUGCAGGCGGUCAUAGAUGCCAAACAGAAGAUAAUCGAUGCACAGGAGAAGAGGAUCAGCUCCCUAGAUGCAGCUAACUCUCGGCUGAUGAGUGCCCUCACUCAGGUGAAAGAGCGAUACAGCAUGCACAACCUCCACAACGGCCUGUCGCCCACCAACCCCACCAAGCUCUCCAUCACUGAGAACGGAGAGUUCAAGAACAGCAGCUGCUGAUUGGUGCUCAUGGACUUGAUGAGCUGUGCCGAUUGGUGCUCCAAGACAGAUCACCAGCACCGAUUGGUCGAGUUCAACACGGACUGAGUACCUAGACUACAUGCCUAAACUGACUGACUACUGUAUACAUGCGAUUGCAAGGAAUGUCUGGUUAUUAAUGUAUAUAAACUUUACCUAAUAUUGGUUAUGUACAGAAAUGCUACUGCAGAGGAGUGUUUUGAAAUUGCGUGGGAGAGUAAAGCGUAGCAUUGGUGUCAAUGAGUUUGUGUUUUUUUUAAAUACUGAUUUACGCAUAAAUGCAGAUUUAAGAUUGCAAAAAGAUUUUUAAUUAUUGCCUAAGAUAUAUGAAGGAGAUGUACAUAUCUUAAAAUACAAUUGUUUUAAAAGAAAAUAUGAAGAAAAGCACAUAGGUAUCGGCCAUAGUUGUAAAUGUCCUUAAGUUGCAGAAUCUGACAGGCAGAAAUAGAUGAAAGGCAAUUUUAUGCACUCAGUUUUCUAACACAAGUUUUCUAUAUAUAUAUUUUUUUUUAUUUUAUUUUUUUUUACAUCUUGCAAAAGGUUAUGACUGAUUUUAGGUGACUAAAAGGACACAGUUAAGCCAGCCACAGUUCAAUUGCAACAAAUCUAGAACAUGAUAUUCAAUAAAUUGAAAUGCGUGUUCAUUAAUGUUACUAAAAAUAUGACUGAAGCAGUGGGUUUAAUUAAUUAAAAUAUUGAACUGAAUUAACAAACUGAAUUUUUAUUUUGUCAGAUAUGUAGGAUAUUUUACUGCCAUUCAAACCUAACCUAACUUAACUUUUUUUUUUUGGGGCCCUAAUCUGUUUUAUGUAUCUGACCAGAGUGCUGUGAAACGGCCGAUCUACAGUCUCACUGCCCUCUUGUUCUAGACAGCCUCACUGCCCUCUUUCUGAUCCUGUUAUUGUUUGUCAGCUUCUUUUAUUGAAAGUCAUUGUUUUUCCACUUUGUUCUCACUCUGUCCAUAUGAGCAUCAAUGCCUUUAACCUUUUGUGGCACAGAACUACUCAAUGUUUGCUGUUCUCGUAGCGAUAUAUUUGAUGGUCAGUCUCAAAGUUGAAAGCUGAACAUUGAAUAAAGUUGGAUUGUGGCCUCAUUGAUCCUGUUGUCUGUGUGUGACCUGAAACUGAUUUAUAAUUUCUGCUUCCAUUCAUUUUGCCGUUAUUGCACAUUACCAAAAGAAGAGUCAUUCCCAUUAAAGAUUAUAUUGUAUUCACUAUUGUAUUGUUUUAUAUUACAUUAUUUUAAUAGUUUUAAACAGCAAAGAUGCAUUGUUGGUCGGAAGUGACAGUAAAGACAUUUAUAAUGGUUCAAAAUAUUUAUUACAAAUAAAUGCUGUUCU